AUGUUGGAGGAUGAUGCUUUGGAGCUCACCAUGUACCAGAGCGGCGGAGCCGAAAACAAGCUGGGAACCGGCUUCAUAGUGUUGGGCAAGAUGCGGAGUCGUGAAUCAUCCGAUGCCGAGAAGGAAGCGUUCUACGCGAAGCUGGAGCAGAAGUUCGACAGCUGCCCGCAGAGGGACGUCAAGAUCGUCAUCGGAGAUAUGAACGCCCGCAUAGGAAGGGAGGAGAUGUACAAGCCGGUGAUCGGGCCGAACAGCCUGCACACCGUCACCAACGACAACGGCCAGCGGUGCAUCAACUUCGCAGCCUCCCGCGGUAUGGUGUACACUAUGUACCUGGAAAAUCAAACGUCGGAGCUAACGCACUUUCAAGAGUAG